AGUCACGAGUUGUGAGCCUGUAACUACAAUGCAUCUGAACCUAUCAGUUCAAGAAGCUGUGUCUAACAAGUUGGCGCCCUAUCUGGACUUUGUGCAUCAUCUGUUCUUGUUACUGGCAAAUUGCAGGGAUUCUGAGAACUUGUCCAAAUGCUUUUUGCUUGUAUUUCAAGAAAUACAGUCUGGUGAUGCAAAAAUUUUUGUACACCCAAGGAACCCUACCAAAGUAGCCCAUAUUCUCAGAGAGCUGAUGCGGGACAGUUCAUCACUGCCUGCCCUCAGUGGGAUCGGAUCACUAGAAUUGCUGCUGGAGAUUGGACUGGAAAAACUAACCAAGGAUUAUACACAUAUUUUCCUCAGUUCUAAGUUGACAACAUUAGAGCAAUUGAAAUUGCCUUCAUGUGAUGUUAAUGAUUUGAAUGACGUACGCAAAAAGCUUGAUACGCUGGGCAGGCUUCAAGUGGUGCUGGAUAUUCUCCUUCUGGCUGAAUCUCAAAUUAAGUUUUCUGUGGGCAGCUUGCAAUCCCUAGCGGCUUUCAGUUUGAACAAUAUUGAGACACAGGUUGGGUCAUUCUCACAACUGUUGGAACUAGGCCACAUAAGAUUCCAAGCACCGGUUGACACCAGGGAAAUAAAGAGCCUUCUCCCAAGGAAGUAUUCCAGUUCAUGCAUGCAGUUCACUUCGGAAAGAGAAAAUUACAAAAUAUGCACCAUUCUACACUGCAGUGCACUACCUGCUUUCCCAUUUUUGUCACCAGACAUCUCAGAUUCCCAGUUGAGUGAUAUAAGUGGUCUUGAAGAGGAUCUUCAUUGCAGUCAGCUGACUUGCCUCAGCAACAAACUGUUUUAAUUACAGCAGCCAAGAUGGA